UCGUCACACUUCGCAGACGCUGCGCGCCGCACCGCAUGGCAUGGCGGAGCCAGAGACGGAUAAGACCCAUGAAUUUCCUCCACAUCAUCUCAUAGGGGAAGAAGGCGAAUAACAAGAAGCGAUGCUCCCAGACAGAAGAGGAGCAGUGUCAGCAUGAUGAGCAACCUCACCAUCGAGGCGCUACAGUUUCUUCUGCAACAGCCAAGGAAUCGUUUACUGAUUGAAGAGUCGCAUGAACUGCAAGCUGGCACACAGAUGGGGAAGUACAUGGAGCAGAAGGGGCAAGAGACCAAUGUCUUUCAAAGAGACGCAAGUAGGCCAGCUGCCGGCUUUCUGCGACCAUUUAGCUUUGCUCGCCGUGUGGUCUACGAGGUCUUUCUGGCUUGGGCUGAACAUAUCGCGCAGAUGAAGGAAGAGGGAAUUCCUCGAAGAAGAAAACGCUCCUCCUCUGUGCUGUUGGUACGUGAUAUGGAUGUCUCUGUUGCCAACGCGCGGCUUUCCGACUCGUCCUCAUCAGAAGAUGAAGAUUUUGGAGAGUCCAUAUUCGACCCGUUAGUCUUGGAUCCCGAAGACUUGCACAGCGUUUUCCGCGUUGGCAGCCUCAUGGCCAGUGCCAACAAGGCAAAACAAGAGGGGCAGGUUUCCCCUCGAAGUGGCUGGCGCACAGAGGCAGCCGCAACUGAGAGGAACAGCUUCGAGGAGACGAUGCCUGAGGUGAUCGAAGAUCGGACGGAGAAACGUUCCGAGGAAAGGAAAGCGGUACGAAGGCGACCUCAAAAGUCACUCUCCAAGGAUUUGUCAAAGGGGACGCGUUGGGGAGAAGAUUUUAGCAGCUUGGAUGAGCAGAUGCGCCGGGAGCGUUUGAUGAAUGACUCCACGUAUGUGGGUUUCCAGCUGGUCAAGCUGAAGAGAAGUCAGGUGAUGCAACGUCAUUUCGCGGAGGUUGGCGACAUUUUCGAAGCUGGGAAGGGAUCUCGCAGUCCGAAACCCAAGCGCCUCAAUAAGGAUAUGGAGUCGUUGAGCCUACCCAGCUUGCAACCACGAGCCAGUGCCAGUGGAUCUACUUUCGAGGGCUCCAAGCGUGGCAGUGCUGUGGAAAAGAGCAGAGAAGAAAAGAAGGAAAAGAAGAAAGGACUGGAUGCCUCCAGUACAAUGGCGCAGGUGCGAGAUUUGAAGGCCUUGCUGAAAGCGGAGCUUCCCGCUAGCAUGCCUGCCACCAAAGGAUCAAAGGUGCUAUGGCUCCUCCUGCUGGACUGUGGCACCGCCCUUCCUGCUCGACAGUAUUGUUGGAGUGAAGAGUUAACCCCUGAUUUGUGCUGUGGCCAUGACUCUGACUUCGACAGAUGCAUGUUUGAUCAGCACUACUUCACGCAAUUCGAAUGUUGCGAGAGCAAUUGGGCCAUCUUGGACCCAUACGGUCUGCCAUUGAGCAGCGCACCACCGCUUGUUUUUCCCAUGGACAACGACUGGAGUCAGCGGCAUCCAGCAGAGUCGAAGGAGCAGAAAGAGUGGGAGCAGCUCGUGUAUUUUGCGGCCCGAACAAAAGAAGUGAAACUCUCCACUGGAAGCGUUGUUCGGCUCCAUGUGUUCAAAGGUGACAUGCCAGACAUCCACCUCUACCACUUAGAGAAUGAGCCAUCUGAUGUACGCACCACGCGGAUUGUGGAUGUGGGAGCCAACUAUGGAGGAGUUGCAGUGGCAUUGGCAAAGCACUUCGAUUCUGCUCGUAUUGUGGUACUCGAACCCAAUCCGCUCCUUUGUCGAUUCUUGCUGUGGAACAUUCGCUCAAAUGCUUUGACGCAUCGGAUCUGGCCACUUUGUGCAGCCUUGGGCGACACGGAGCUUUUAUUUCAGCCAUGUAAGCAGCCCUGGGUGGGCGCUCCGGUGAACAGUUGCAUGAACCUGGCCAUGCGCACCUUCGAAGCUGACAACUCUUUGGAAGCCGAGGAGUCUGUGAUCAAGGUGCCGGCUCUGCCUCUGCAAACUCUGCUGGAUGGCCUCGGCUGGUCGCAGAUUGACCUGCUGAAGCUCGACUGCGAAGGCUGCGAGUGGCCUUUGGAACAGAGACUUCUUCCGAUGCCUUCCCGCGCUGUUGGUGAGCUGCACUUCGAUUGCUUCCAGCGCGCUUGCUGGCCGCCGCAGGCAAAGCAGCGGCCCGGAAAUUGCAGCCACGUGGAGCAGUUUUCAUCGCUGGAGGAGAUGUACACUUUAGCUCGGAAAUGCCGACCUUCGCAAGCUUCGGAGAGAUCCUGA